AUGGAACAAGUUAAAUCUGCAUUGAAAACAGUUCAACAAACAGUUACUGAAGGUAUUCAUGAUCUGACCGUUAGUAAAGAUGAAAAAAAAGAUGAACAAAAAAAACCUAAUCAAUCAACACCAACAAAAAAAUCAGUACCGACAGGAUCAGCGGCAUUAAAACUUAAAGCUUCGAAACAAAUUAGUAUUCGUGGUAUUCCAUUGUUAGAAAAUGUUCAAGGAGUAAAGAAAACUUUCAAUCGUCAUUUACAUUUUACUGUUGUUAAAGAUCGUGAUGUUGCUACUCAACGUGAUUAUUAUUCAUCAUUAGCUUAUACUGUUCGUGAUCAUCUUGUUGGUAGAUGGAUUCGCACACAUCAACAUCAUUUUGAAUCUGAUGGAAAACGUGUUUAUUAUCUUUCUAUGGAAUUUUAUAUGGGACGAACAUUAGCAAAUUGUAUGAUUAAUUUAGGCAUUGAAAAUGAUGUUGAUGAAGCUCUUUAUGAAUUGGGUUUAAAUAUUGAAGAAUUAGAAGAAUUUGAAAUGGAUGCAGCACUUGGAAAUGGUGGUUUAGGUCGAUUAGCUGCUUGUUUUCUUGAUAGCAUGGCAACAUUAGGGCUUUCAUCAUAUGGAUAUGGUCUUCGAUAUGACUAUGGUAUUUUUACACAACAAAUUAAAGAUGGCUUUCAAAAUGAAGUUCCAGAUGAUUGGUUAAGAUAUGGUAAUCCAUGGGAAAUAUCUCGACCAGAAUUUCUUGUACCUGUACAAUUCUAUGGUAAAGUUAUUGAAGAAAAUGGAAAAAAGAAAUGGGUUGAAACUGAAAUAAUUCAAGCUAUGCCAUUUGAUACACCAAUUCCUGGUUAUAAUAAUAAUGUCAUAAAUACACUUCGAUUAUGGUCAGCUAAAGCACCAGGAAAAUUUAAUUUUCAAUUAUUCAAUGCUGGUGAUUAUAUUCGUGCUGUUGCUGAACAAAGUUUAACUGAAAAUAUUACUCGUGUAUUAUAUCCAAAUGACAAUUUUGAUGAAGGAAAAAUUCUUCGUUUACAACAAGAAUUCUUCUUAGUAUCAGCAUCAUUACAAGAUAUUUUAAGACGUUAUAAACAUUCCAAACCAUAUUCUGCUACAGAUAAAAAACCUGAUUUUACACGUUUUCCAGAGAAAGCAGCUGUUCAAUUGAAUGAUACACAUCCAGCAUUAUCUGUUGCAGAAUUAAUGCGUUUAUUAAUUGAUGAAGAAAAUCUUGAAUGGGAUCAAGCAUUUGAAAUAACCAAAAAAACAAUUGCUUAUACAAAUCAUACAUUAUUACCUGAAGCACUUGAACGAUGGCCUAUUGAUAUGUUUGAAAAACUUUUACCACGACAUUUACAAAUUAUUACAGAAAUUAAUUUACAUCAUUUAGACCUUGUACGACAAAAAUGGCCUGGAGAUGAAGAACGUCUUAAACGUAUGUCAGUUGUUGAAGAUGAACAUAAAGUUGUUAACAUGGGUUAUUUAUCAAUUGUUGGUUCACAUGCUGUUAAUGGUGUUGCUCAAUUACAUAGUGAUUUAUUAAAAUCUACACUAUUUAAAGAUUUUUAUGAACUUAAUCCUGAAAAAUUUCAAAAUAAAACAAAUGGUAUAACACCACGUCGUUGGAUAUUAUUAUGUAAUCCUGAUUUAUCUGAUGCAAUUGCAAGUAAAAUAGGUGAAAGUUGGAUAACAAAUUUAUCACAAUUAUCACAAUUACGUAAUUUUGUUAAUGAUGAACAAUUUAUUCAAGAUGUUCAACGUAUUAAACUCGAAAAUAAACAACGUUUAGUUGAAAUGUUUAAAGAUGAGUAUAAUGUUAAUGUUAAUCCAGCUUCAAUGUUUGAUGUACAAAUAAAACGUAUACAUGAAUAUAAACGACAAUUAUUAAAUUGUCUUCAUAUUAUUACACUUUACAAUCGUAUUAAAGAUAAUCCAGAUGCACAAACUGUUCCACGUACAAUUAUUUUUGGUGGAAAGGCUGCACCUGGUUAUUUAACUGCUAAAUUAAUUAUUAAAUUAAUUUGUAAUGUUGGACGUACAGUUAAUAAUGAUCCAGUAGUUGGUGAUCGACUUAAAGUUAUUUUUCUUGAAAAUUAUCGUGUUAGUCUUGCUGAAAAAAUCAUUCCAGCUGUUGAUUUAUCAGAACAAAUUUCAUUGGCUGGCUUAGAAGCAUCCGGUACAGGUAAUAUGAAAAUGAUGCUUAAUGGUGCAUUAACAAUUGGUACAUUGGAUGGUGCAAAUGUUGAAAUGGAUGAAGAAGUUGGACGUGAUAAUAUAUUUAUAUUCGGUAUGACUGUUGAUGAUGUUGAUGCAUUACGCAAAAAAGGAUAUAAAUCCAAAGAAUUUUAUGAUCGUGAACCAGAAUUAAAACGAGCAUUGGAUCAAAUUCGAGAUGGAUUUUUUUCACCUGAAGAUCCAAAUAUUUUUGCUGAUAUUAUUAAACAUUUACUUGAUUGGAAUGAUCAUUAUAUGUUACUUGCUGAUUAUGCUGAGUAUGUUAAAGCACAAGAACGUGUUGAUCAAUUAUAUAAAAAUCAAACUGAAUGGACGAAAAAAUGUAUUUUAAAUAUUGCUGCAUCUGGCAAAUUCUCAUCUGAUCGAACAAUUGCUGAAUAUGCAAAAGAAAUUUGGGGUGUUGCACCAUCAGAUAAAAAAUUACCUGCACCCGAAGAAGGUCGACCAGGUAUGAAACAUGAAGGUGAAAAAAUCGAAGUAACACAACCACAUGUUCGACGACAAGAUUAUUAA